UAUCUCUUCUAGCCCAAAGGAAAAUAUUUGGACAAUAUUUCCUUUAAAAAUCCUUAUAUUUACGUAUAAUCCUUGUUUACGUAUUUAAUUCGAUAUCGAAGAUAAAUUGUUCGGAUGGGGAAUUUUUGAAAAGAGCAUUGUAGGUUAUUCCUCAGUGUUGCAAGCCAUAAAUAUUUUGAAGUGGUAAAAUUCAUCACAAGGAACAUUUUAAACGUUUUUCUGCUUAAAUUGAAGUUUGAGGAAAGAAGUAAACACAUAGUGUUUGUUGAUGGAAAGUAAUUCAAAUUUAAGUCGAGGUGUCUCUAUACUAAUAACGCUUUAAUUCCUUUCGUCGAUGAUGAACCAGGACGUUCAAUUGACUUAAAGGAAAGGAAGCACCAAGCAAAUAUUUAAUCGACUGAUUACACAGUCAUAAAGUUUGUAGGUUAUGUAAGCACUAAUAAUGGGCGAAUUUAUAUCAGUCGAUGAAAUGGAGGAUGAUAUGAUCGAGAAGUGUAUUCCAGAAACGAAUGGCAAUCUAGCCUGGACGCCAUCGUUAGAUUUACACGUAAAAACUGAGGAGAUAGAUGUAAAAUCUGAAGUAAGUGAACAUAAAGGAGAAUUAUUUGAAACUUAUUCUCUUGUACCAGAACUGGAAGGUAAAGAGACAUCAAACGAAAUGGAGUAUAAAGAUAUAAAAUUGGAAGAUACAGAGAGUGAUGCUCUUCUAUAUGAUGAUGAAGUCGAUGGCAAAGCAAAGACUAACGGUGUAAAAUCUCAUCACUCUAUACAAAAGAACCCUUCACAAGCCCGUAUGUACAGAUGUCAUAUGUGUAACUACGAAACCAAGUACAAGAGCCAUUUUGAGAAUCACCAACUGAGUCACAAAGAUUUUUCAGAAGUACCGGCAUACAAAUGCGAUAUUUGCGAUUUUCACACCAAGUACAGGGGUGGACUGAAAAUCCACCAGUUAAAACACGAAGACCUUUCUAAGGUCAAACUGUACAAAUGCGAUAUGUGUGAUUUUGAAACUAAAUAUAAUAAUUCCCUAAAAAAACAUCAGUUGACACACAAAGACUGCUCCGAGAUCCAAAUGUACAUGUGUGUUGAGUGUGAUUUCACAACUAAGCAUAAGAUAAGCAUAUUACGUCAUCGGUUAAAACACAUAGACCUUUCUCAGACCCAAAUGUACUCGUGUGACUCGUGUGAUUUUACGACUAAAUAUAAAAACAAGCUCAAGCCGCACCAGUUGAAACACGUAGACCCGUCGAGAGUACAAACGUACAAGUGUGAUCUGUGUGAUUUUACAACUAAAUACAAGCACAGCUUUACACGUCAUCAGUCAAAACACACCGACAGUUCAGAAGUGCCCAUGUACUUGUGUGAUACGUGUCCGUACAAAAGCAGUUACAAAUGUGCAGUUAUAACCCAUCAGUUGGUGCACAAGGAUCCCUCAACGGUUGAAAUGCACGAAUGUGAUUUGUGCGACUAUAAGACCAAACGCAAGUACAGUCUUAAACGUCAUAAAGUGGGGCAUGAAAGUCUUUCACAAUCAUACAAGUGCUAAACGUGUGGUUAGGAAAUCACACAAAGGAGCUACCUUAUAAAACAUGAAUUUGGAAGUAAGCAUAAAUGCAGCUUUAUUCCCUGCAAACUACAGGAUGAAGACGAAAAGUAAAAAAUAAAAUAGUGACGAAACUCAUCGGUUCAGACAGGGCCUGGAUGUAGUUUUAUAAAGGUUAAGUACAUUUUUUGUGUAUAAGGACAAGCAAUAGAUUAAUUAAAAUUAGAAAUAUAUGGUGUUCUUUUGAUACUUUGGAGAAUAGAAAGAUAGAAAAAGAAUUAGUUUAGAUGCCACAGGCAUAAGUUUUGAGAAAAACUGAGUAACGAAAACCGCAUUACGAGAUUUUGAUUUGUGUGAGAGAUGACCUUUUUUAAUUUUAGGAGCUGUUUUGUUAUA